AACAUACAUUCUACAUCUUAAAUAUACAUUUAACUCUAAGGAAGUAUCUUACAAUUUGAUUGUGUGGUUGCCAGAUGACUCUGAUCAACCUAGUAGCAUGUAUUUUUCUAUUCAGAGUGUAUUUUUCCUAUCUAGCAGCGGAUCACAACUUCCAACUUACACAAGGUAUCUAAUCACUGCUAGGUGAGCAGGGGUUACACUCCAAAGAAGUCCGCCCAAAAACUUCUAAUCUGAUCCAGGUUUCGAACUCGCGCCCUCCGAGUAUGAGAUCCGGCGCGCUAACCACUGUGUAGUGUGUGUUUGUGGUCACUAUAACAGCACGUAGAUUAGGUUUGUCACCAGUUUUUGUUUCCCAUCAGGUUCCUGCUGAGAGCUUCGAGAGCGCUACUGUUUACUUCAGCGACAUAGUUGGCUUCGAAGACUUGUGUGCAGAAAGUUCACCUAUGCAGAUCGUGACUCUUCUCAACAGCCAGUAUAGAGUAUUUGAUUCACGUCUCGAGAAAUACGACGUUUAUAAAGUGGAGACCAUCGGUGACGCCUAUAUGGUAGUGUCUGGGCUGCCACGGCGAAACGGUCAACGCCAUGUGGUGGAGAUCAGUUGUUUGGCGCUUGACCUACGGCAUGCCGUUCAGGCCAUUCCUAUACCACACAAGCCAGGAUCGUUCUUGCAGACUCGCGCAGGAGUGAACACGGGGCCAGUAGUUGCCGGUGUGGUUGGAACCCGGAUGCCUCGUUACUGCCUCUUUGGAGACACUGUCAAUACCGCCUCACGUAUGGAGACAACAUGCGAGCCAAUGCGCAUCCAGAUCUCUCUCAGUACACGCAUGUCACUUCUGUCUGCUGGUGGAUUCAUUAUGGAGUUUCGUGGAUACAUUGAGGUGAAGGGAAAGGGCGAGAUGGCCACUUAUUGGUUAGAAGGCCGGGACGGACUGACUUUCGGAGCUGUGGAAGUUCCAAUUUCUGAGGAUCCCAACGCUGAAGGAAAGUAAUAAUAAUAAUAAUUAUAAGAAAAUGUAGUUUAUGACGUAAUAAAAUCUGGAAUGAGCUAGUGAUUAAUGCAUGUAUUCAUUAAUGUAAAUUAAUUACUGGCGAUCUCAAUAAACGUUUCUCUUUGUGUCUUACAACUCAAGGGGGCAGUCAUAGCCUGCCCUCUAAAGACAAUUCUCUUCCUUCACACAAAACUACAUGCACCUAAUUACACACAUCCUUCACUCAAAAUUCUAAAUUCAAUAUGGAGACUCCUACAACAUGCCCGGAAUCUCCAUCUGGGGAGGGGACCACAAAUGUCUCGAGGUCGGACUGCUCUUCUGCUAUCGACCCUGAAGUGUCUUGACAUCCCUCUUUAACUUUUCUUUAUUAACUUCUGCAACAUUCGCGGCCUUAAAUCUAUUUUUGAGUCUGUAGAAUACCACCUCUCCUCUACUAAAUUUCAUCCUCUUUUCCUCACUGAAAAACUGAUGUCUGAGGCAACAUGACAGUAACACCCUUUUCUAUUCCUUCCUACUUGGAUGUUGUGUAUAUGUGCGCAAUGACUUAACCUGCUCUGGUUCCCAUCCUCUUGAAUCUUCCGAUUCAUGGCUAAAACUACAGAGUCACACUCAAACUAAAUUUAUAUGUAUACCUGUAUCUAUAUACCUCUUACCUAACUCCUCUGACUAUAGGAAUUUCUUUGACUACGUAACUUCCAAAGUGGAGCACAUUCUGACUCUCUUCCCUUUUGAAGAGAUCUCCAUUCUUGGAGACUUUAAUGUUUACCAUCAGCUUUGGCUUCCUUCUCCCUUCACUGACCAUCCUGGUGAAUUAGCCUUUAACUUUGUUAUCCUAUAUGACCUAGAACAACUGGUGCAACACCCUACUCGUAUACCUGACAGUCUUAGAGAUACAGCCAAAAUUCUUGAUCUUUUCCUAACCUCUAAUCCAAUCCUCCCGCUUAUGCUGUCACCCUGUCUUCUCCGCUGGGGUCCUCCGAUCACAACCUCCUAUCUAUAUUUUGCCCUAUUACUCCAAUUCUUCCUCAAGAUCUCCCAAAACAUGAGGUGACUCUGGCGAUUUGUCUCAGUUAAUUGUGGGGACAUGGGGAAGUAUUAUUCUGACAUUCCUUGGCAUAGAGGCGUACCAUCUUUCUCUCAUCUUACGCUCUUUCUCUCAACCUUCCAAAAUUUGGUUUAAUAUAACCUGUUCUCGUGCUAUACAUGAUAGAGAGAGAGAGAUGGCCCACAAAGAUAAUUACAUCACCAGAAUCUCAUGCGCAUUAUAUUUCUGCCCGGAAUCAUGCCAAGUAUGUUCUCCAGCUAGGCAAAAACUACAUCAUCAAUAAAAAGUGUCAACAUCUUUCAAGAUCUAUCUCCCCUCGUGAUUUCUGGCACCUAGCCAGAAACAUCUCCAGUAACUUUGCUCCUUCAUCUCUCCCUUCUUUAUUUCGACCUGAUGGCACAGCUGCCAUCUUAUUUAUUUCUAAAACUGAACUCUGCUGAAACUUUUGAUAAAAACUCUACCUUGAAUGACUACUUCAUGCUACCCAUUAAGAUCCUUCCUUCGCAAUGAUGUUUACCAUGUCCUCGCUGGCCUUAACUCUCGUAAGGCUUAUGGACUUGAUGGGGUACCUCCUAUUGUUCUCUGAAACCGUGCUUAUGUGCUUGCACUUGCCUAGUCAAACUCUUUCAAGUCUAUCUGUCAACAUCUACCUUUCCUUCUUGUGGGAAGUUUGCCUACAUUCAGCCUGUUCCUAAAAAGAGUGACCGUUCUAAUUAUUCAAACUACCGCCCUAUUCCUU